AUGACAAUGGACGCUAAAAGAAGGAAGAAUCAGAAGAAGAAGUUAAAGCAGAAGGAGAAGAAAGCUGCUGCUGAUAAGGCAGCUGUUGGGGAAUCAAUUACCAAUGGGGAUGAAUUGGAUGCGGCCGUUGACCAGGCAGCUCCCUUUGUUGUAGAUAGAGUCGCUGCUGAGGAAGUCGUUCCACACAUUUUCAGAGACGGAAGGGAAGAAAUAAUAUCACAGGAUGAAGUAGAUAGAUUGGGAUCACCACAGAUUGUGCCAGAACCUAUGGGACAGGCAAUGGAACUUGCAGUGGAUUCGGAUUACGAAGAACUGUCACCAGACCAACGAUAUGACGAAGAAAUGAGUAGGGGACAAGAUUCAAGAGAUGAUAAUGAUGAUGAUUAUGAUGACGGGGAGGAAGCUAUAGAAGAGUUUGGUGAUCUGCCUAUUAGUCGUCUCCCAAGUCAAAAACACCAUAGAUCUGCAUCUGCAUCUGCAGCUGCAGCUGCUCACUUAUCAGAAGAUACAUCAGAAAAUGACGUACUUCUUGAAGGAUCCAUCGAACGUAGAGUAAGUUUGCAGAUUAAAAGACAGUCGAUGACAGGAAUGAAACCAGAUGAGGCAGCAAUAGUUUCACAACAACAAGAGGCUUUGCAACCGGUAGCAAUCAGUGGAUCAUAUCAAGGGAAUGGAAUUCGUUUCAAUUUACCAGAUAAUCAAAAUCAAGAAUCGGGAAAUGAUCAGGAAUCAAGGAUACAAAAUAGCUUUCCUUUCCCCUCAAGGAAACAUACAAUCGAUCGGUCACUUUCGCCAAAUGAACUACCACAAGACCAAGGGAAACCGGAAAUCGAAGAACAAGUCGAACACAUACAGGAUCAAGAAAAAACGGAUCAAGAAACUGGUGAAACUAAUGAACGGGGCCCUGUGAAUACAAUAGAAUCGGACAAGGAAGCGUCCGUAGAGCAAGAAAAUGUAGAAACACAGGGAAGUGAAGAUCAAGGAAUGAGGCGUUCAACUGAAGAUGAGGAGCCAGCUCAAGCGAAGCCACAUGAAAACAUUUCAGAUAUCCCGGAUUCAACAGUUCAGUCAUCACCACCUUCAUCAGUAGAAAAAAUGGAACAAGAGGCUACUUCUGAGUCUUUGAAUGAAAAUGGAGCUUCUGCACAACCAGAGAUUCCAAUAAAGGGAACUGGUGAGCCAGUAAAUAAUGACAAUCAAGUGGAUGAACUGUUUAGUGGAGUAGACACUGGGGAAUCCCAAGAACCCAUGCCUUGGGAGAACCCCGAACCCACUGAUAAUGUUUUAGAAAAUGCAUCAUCCCCUCUAGAGACAGAACAAAAUGAGGGGGUUAAACAAUCUGUUUCUCAACAGUACUCGACGGAUGAUCAAGCACAGGAAAAAAAGCUUAAUACCGAACAGUCGUCCGUAAAUGAUGUUGUGCAAGAGGUGUCUCAAGCUAAGAGUGCACUGGGUAAGCCACAACAGGUUUCAAUAGAGUCGGUACAAGAUCCAUCAAUAUCUGAGACACAUACGAAUGAGUCCGUCCCAUCUUCAAAUGUUGUUUCCUCACAAGGACCGACCCAAGUGUCCGCGGAAGUCGCGGAUCAUAUGUCAACAGCAUUGAAGGAUGAGCCACCAGAGUCCGGUAAUGAGGUAGAUGAGCUGUUUGGGGGGUCCUAUGGAACUGAGGAACAGGAGAAGAUGCCAUGGGAAACUUUUCAACCCGCUGAACCCACCGCAGAAUCUUCAGCGACGAGUCCUGAGGAGAAAGAUGAUUCCGAACUUAAUGAAGGUCAGGAAAUUCAAAAAAAAGAUGAUUCAGAAUUAACUCAAAAUCAGGAAAUGCAAACAAGGACUGCAAAAAACGCCCAUGUUCCUGAAGAAUCAAAACAAGAACAUGUUGACACACUGUUUGAUGAUCCGGGUGAUGAUAAGCGGGAGCUAAUGCCCUGGGAAACUGCUGAAGCAAAUAGUCAGGAUAAUACAAUGGGGGAUGAUGCGAAGAAAGAUAAUGAGAAGGAGUUUCAAGAUCAAAGAGCAGUGCGAAAGUCUUCGGAGGAUAAUGGCCAAGUUGAUGCACUCUUUGGUGAAUCAAGUGAGAUAGAAGAGCCAAUGCCCUGGGAAGCUGCUGAAGCGAAUCGCCUGGAAAUCACCAAAGAUGUUAGCGCUAAUGGUAGCCAGGAAAAUGAUCAACAAAAGCCUUUAGUUGAUGCAGGUCAGGUAGAUGCGCUUUUUGAUGAGUCAGAACAUGAGCCAAUGCCAUGGGAAGUUCAAGUACCAGCUCAGGCCUCUGCUCAACCUCAACCUCAACCUCAACCUCAACCUCAACCUCAACCUCAACCUCAACCUCAACCUCAACCUCAGCCUCAACCUCAACCUCAACCUCAACCUCAACCUCAACCUCAACCUCAACCUCAAGCUCAGGCUCAGGCUCAGGCUCAGGCUCAGGCUCAGGCUCAGGCUCAGGCUCAGGCUCAGGCUCAGGCUCAGGCUCAGGCUCAGGCUCCAUUUGAUAGCCAAUCAACAAAUGAACCAAAUCCCGAUAUUCAGCAGGGAAAGGUCGAACCCAAGAAAUUUUCAUUUUUGGAGAAUGAUGAUGAUUUGUUGGAUGAUGAUGAUGAUAGUUUUCUGGAAUCAGACGAGGAAAAUGCAGAUGAAAAGGAACAAGUUGUGCGAACAGUGACUUCUGAAUUAACCAAUAACCAACAAAGGCUGACUGAACAACCUCAGACUCAUACUAGCAGUGCUGCUGCUUCCUCCCUCAACUCUCCAACUUUUUCUCAUGAGGCAACCUCGAGAUACAAACCAAGUAAUAUACCUCAGGCAAAUGGUCAGAACCUGCAGCACCAUGGGUUCCAAACUGUUGUGCCCCCUCAGGCGGUAAGAGCAAAUACUGGUACCAGCAUCGUUCCCCCUCAACCCCAAGUGUCAUCUGGUUUAGGUUCUCAGCAACGUAACAUUGUGGAGGGCCAGAAGGUCAUCGAAAAGAUUAAUCAAGAAAAGAAAAAAUCAGAUGCAUUUGAUUUUCCUAUGGAUCUGGUUAGUAAGAAGGCGGAAAAGGUUCAUGCUAAACCUGUAGGAGUCCCUUCUUCUCAUUUUAGUUCUCCUCCGCCAUUUGAACUGGGUGGUCAGGCGCCACCAAGAAGCAGUAGAAAUAACUCUGUCGCAUCUUUACCAAGUAAUCCAUAUGCUGCUGUAGCCAAUGCCUCUAAGAGUAAAAUACAGUCACCAUUACCCCCUCAAGGUGUCGUUCUGCCCCAAAAUACAUUGCCAUUGGGUAACCAACUGACAGCCCCUCAAGCUGUCCCAUUGCCUGGUAGCCGAAAAUCAUCUACGAGGUCGCAGUAUGCGCCCGCUGUUAGAACGAGAGGGUUCUCUAAUGUGUCAGCUGGUGGCCCGAUAUCAGCAGGAGCAUCAGCAUCGCUUCCUCCAGGCUUUUCAGUUUCUCCCCCACAUGUUCCAGUCGGACCAGCAAGUAAGUACGCUCCAAAUUCUCCUUCUAAAGCAGCAGUCUACCCUCCAGCUUCGAGUGUCGCAGGUCCAAUGAGUGCUAAACAAGCUGGGGUUCCUCCAGUAAAUGUCGGGGCUUCAGUUAACGGACCUUAUGCACCACCAAAUAUGAGCAAGCCGUUACCUAUUCCUUCUGUAUUUCCUAAGCCCGUUGGCAAUGUUCCACCCCAGCAGGCUCAGAAUUUACCUUUACCCAAUGCUCCGCCAAUGGCGGCUCAAAAUAUACCUUUUCCUCCUUACGGCGCUAAUGUUACCACUGCUGGAACAAGUGCAGCUCCAGAAGCUUUAUCGCCUGCUGGAGCUUCUGCCAAUGUUGCUCCCCCCAUAAAUGGUAGAGGAAGACAGACAGCAAACAGAGUACAUGCAAGAUCAAAUUCAAGCGUUUAUGCUCCUAACCAAAAUGAAUAUACUUCGAAGUAUGCUCCGACUGUACACCCUCAAUAUCAGUACACAUCACCCCCUGCAGGACCUGUUGGAGUUCCAAAUCCUUUGUCUACCAUCAAUGCCUAUAUGAAGUCAACUCAACCUCAAGAAGUUAGUAGACCGCAUGAUGCGCAAAUACCUAGGCCAGUUGAUAAUGAGGCUCUUUCACAGCAUCAGUUCCCUCUAUUUAGUUGGAGUUCUUCUGAAAAAUUUCUUUACGGAAUUUCCAGUGAAAAUGGUCAGAAUGCAUAUCUCCUUGGGUCAAGUUCGUCAGUCCAAGACUUCAAACUUGUUAAUGUGGAUACAGUUUUGAACUCCAAAAACUUUUUGAAGUCUUUCCCUGGUCCUUUGGUUAAGAAUAAAACAAAAGGGAAGGAUCUACAGAAGUGGUUAGAGGAUCAUGCAGAUGAAUUCUCUGACGAUAAUAAUUUAGGUUUGACGGUAUUAUCUCUUUUAAAAUUAAAGUUGACCGAUAAUAUAAAUUUCAAGGAUAUUUCAAGGGUCUUGUACAACUCCGAUGAGUUAUUCCUCUAUUUGUCUCAACCUGUUAUGCAACCCAAGCAAUUACCAAGUGCUGGUAAGUUGGAUGCAAAUAAUCAGAUGAGGAUAUCCGCUUAUUUGCAAACUGGUGGACAACAAGAAGCUCUCCAACUUGCGUUGGAAAUGAAAGAUUUUUCUAUGGCUCUGUUAAUAGGAAGUUUGAUGGGUAAAGAAAAAUGGUCUGAGGUGGUUAAAAGCUACUUAGCCAGUGAGAUCGAAAUAGCCGCUGAUGACUCCAUGUUUUUAACCAAUUUGCUUUCUUUGGUUUUCCAAGUUUUCGUUGGGAGCUCUAAGACUGCUUUCCAGGAGUUUUAUGUCAAUGAAGCAAAAGGCAGAUGGGCCCUAGAAAAUUGGAGAAUGGUGGUAGCCGCUGUGCUUAACAAUGUUACUUCUGGUAUCGCCCCACCUACAUCCGGUAACCUUGAAGUUCCGCCAGUUGUGGUUGAAUUUUUGGUGGAAUACGGUAUUUUUCUAUACCGUAAGGAAAUGAAGCUACCUGCUUGCAUUCUAUUUAUGAUUGCGAACUUACCACUAUCUUCAACUCCAGUUCUUCCUAACGUUGACGUGAAGUUUGAGUUUGUUGGCAGUCCAUAUUCUCUAGAGGGUAUGAUAUUUUCAGAAAUUUAUGAGUUCUGUGUUGCAGAUUCCAAAGCCUUCCCCGUCUUAAUCCCACAAAAACUUCACCAUGCUGCCUGCUUACAGGAGCGUGGACUCACGACUGCAGCAUCAAAGUAUACAGAUUAUUUGAGUGGCACCUUGAGAAAUCUUCCGAGAAAAGACGCUUUCUCAAUUAAUCUAACUAACCAACUGAACAACUUGAAUGCCUCUAUUGCAGGUACUUCUACAGGCUGGUUAGGUAAGCCUAAGCUAAGCAGUGUAUGGGGUCAUUUGGAUAAGUCGUUUAAUAAGUUUAUUGGAGGCGACGAUGAUUCCUUGAUGAAGAAAUCUUCCGGUAAAAAAGUGUUUGAUGGUUUCACACCCGUAUCCUCUAGGAACAAUUCUACAAUUGAUUUGAGUCAAACUCCAUUUGUUCCUUAUCAGGGCCAUUCAAAAAAGCCUUCUUACGGUCAGUCGGACCCAAUUAUCCCUGCACAGGUUAUUGGACAUAGUCCAAUUCGUAAUCCGGUUCCCAUCGAGGAAGUCUAUGGAGGUAAAAGUCAACCUGAACCACAUGUUCGUCGCCCAUCGAAUGUGAACAACUAUCAAGGUUCUCCGAAGGUUUCUCAAUAUGCUCCCUUGCAUGCAACAUCUUCAGGGAGUGCACCUCCUCAACUGAGAAGAGUUCAUACUAUGCAACCUAUUGGGGGUGUAUUCCCCUCUUCUUCGGGUUUCUCUCCAGAAUCUUCGAAUAAUGUUCCAAAUUUCCAACAAGAAUUUCCUCCUUUCAGCGGAAAAGCUCAGGAAACUUUGGAUUCUACUCUCUCAGAUGGUGAGAAACCCUCAAUGAAGAAGUCACAGCACUAUAGUUCAACUCCAAAUCUUUUGAGAAGAUCUUCAGCUGUUUCUGAUACUUCUUCAGUUCGCAAGGGAAGUGUAAACGCAGGAAAGAGAUUGGCCGAUGUGUCAUUGUUAGGAGAGCAAUUGGAGGAAUCAUCUGAGGAGAGCGAUUUACCUCCGGAAAUUUUACCAAAGAGUUCUAGUCGUAAGAUUGCUAACGAUGGUCAUCAACUUUUGGCUGAGAGACCAUUUUUGGGAGCUCAUUCCGUGCUCCAUGGUAAUGAGAGUUCUCCUGUUUCAACGGUAGCCACAGAAAGUGCCACGGAGGAAGAUAGUGACACUGAGCGUACCGUUCUACGUAAUUAUCAAUCCUCAUGGGCGGUACCACCCCCAAGGGAUAGUCCUUCAGUAAGCUCAAACCCCCCAGCUAUGGUUGAAAAAAGUUCUGGUGAGACUUUGAGAAAGCCUGAUGGACGACAACUGCCUCCAGUCUCUGCCAAUAGCCCACCAAUUGCGUCACAAUCGGUGGAUGGAAAAACACCUGCGGCGGCUACGAAGAAUGAGGCUGGUCUUGGGAUUAGAAUGGAAGCAUCUGAACCUAAUUCCAUCUCUGGAGGUAAAGUAAACCCACCUCCUAUUAUUAGAACUAAUCCAUAUGCAACCAACAGCCCUGUAAGGAAAGCUUCGUCUAGUAGGAGGUCUUACCUUCCGAAGGGUGUCGCCCAAGAUACAUCUCCUGCACUCAAAGCCCAAAGUACCCCAGAGGUGGAUGUCAAUGGCUUGGGUAUGUUUGUGGAAGAAACUGGGGCUUCCAAACAGGUUAAAGAAGAUGAACUUGUUAACAGUUCCUCAACACCUCAUGAAGCUUUCUCCACACCCGCCUUGAAGCAAGAGAGUUCAACAACUGAUAGGCCUAAUCCAAUCAGUAGAUUUGAUCCGGCGAAGGAACCGGAGCAAGUUUCUACGGAGACUUUCGAACCUGUAAUCAAGAGAACUCCCGAAGUCAGGGCAUUUUCCCCAAUGGUUGUGCAGCCUCCUGAGACUCAAUAUGAUGAUGUAGUAGAAGAUGAGUCAGAAGAUGAGGAUGAGGAUGAAGUGAAACGUAAGCAAGAAGAAGAAAAGAAGGCCAAAGAGGAGGAGGAGGAAGAAGAACGUCGUGAGCAAGAAAGAGCUGAAAAGGCUAAAAAGGACAGAGAAAAUAAAGAGAAAUCUUCUAGCGGUUGGUUCAGCUGGUUGAAGAAAGAUCCUAAUGAGAAGAAGCCAAUCAAAGCCAAGCUGGGUAAUAAAAAGAGGAAUUUCCAUUAUGAUGAAAAAUUAAAACGUUGGGUUAACAACAAUGCAACCGAGGAAGAAAAGGAGACGUUUUCCACCCCACCACCUCCUCCUCCUGUGGUUAAACGUAUGGACAAUGGUCCAAAGACCAAGCCUCGCUCUGGAAGUCUGACUGCUCCUCCUAAACCUGUACCUGGUCCUGUGGCUCCUAAAAAUCCUAUCACUGGUGAACCGUUGGCGUCUCCUGCCCUCUCUGCUACCACCAGUCAUAGUAGCUCUGAAGUAUCAUCAGUAGCUCCUCCAUCUUCUAGUAAUUCCGGUGUCAAUUUAGCAGGGAAGAAAGCCAAUGGUCUAGAUGAUUUACUGAACUUAGCAGGAGGUACUGCUGGCUCCACAAGACGUAAGAAGAAGCCAGGUAGAGGUUAUGUCAAUGUCAUGGAAACGAAAUGA